GGACAAAGGAGGAAGGCGUGAAGGGACAAACAGCACAGCUUGGGCAUCAAACUGCAGGGAAAGUGGACCUGAAUGCUCAUGUGGGGUUUUCUCGGGCUUGGGAGGCUUAAGAGGGCAAGGCUCGCUCAGGAAACUGCAACCUCAAUUGCUCAGAAAGCAACAGCAGCACAAUCAUCACACUCCUAUCGUCGCUGGUUUGGCGCGAGCAUCGCGAGGAUGGCUCCAGUCCGGGACCCCAACACGCUGUCCAACUAUGACGCUUGGCGAACUAAGCACACCACAGCCAACUUCAAGGUCGACUUUGAUGCCAAGAGUCUGCGUGGUUCCAUCGUCCUCGAGCUCGAAUCUCAGACGGAUAAGGCCAGCAACGAGAUCAUCCUCGACUCCAGCUACGUCGACGUCUCCUCGAUCAAGCUCAACUCGGCGCCCUCGAAGUGGGAGAUCAAGGACCGCACCGGGCCCAACGGCUCGCCCGUCCAUAUCUCUGUGCCCAGCGGCGCCAGCAAAGGAGAGAUAGUCAAACUUGAGAUUGACCUGGCCACCACCGAGAAGUGCACUGCGCUCCAGUGGUUGACACCGGCUCAAACCAGCAACAAGAAGGCCCCGUUCAUGUUCAGUCAAUGCCAAGCUAUUCACGCGCGCUCGAUCUUCCCCUGCCAGGACACUCCCGACGUCAAGAGCACAUAUAACUUCAACAUCCAGAGCCCUCAUGUUGUUGUUGCCAGCGGUGUCCCCCUGCUGGACGCACCGGAGGAGGCCGGUCAAGAGAAGGUCUACAGGUUCCAGCAGAAGGUCCCAAUCCCGUCCUAUCUCUUCGCCUUGGCUUCCGGAGACAUCGCGAGCGCCCCUAUUGGGAAGCGUUCUUCUGUUGCCACGGGCCCCAACGAAUUGAAGGCUUCGCAAUGGGAGCUCCAGGACGACAUGGACAAGUUUAUGGAUGCCGCCGAGAAGAUUGUAUUUCCCUACCAGUGGGGAGAGUACAACGUUUUGAUCCUGCCCCCGAGCUUCCCGUACGGAGGCAUGGAGAAUCCCAUCUUCACAUUUGCGACGCCCACCAUCAUCAGCGGUGACCGGCAAAAUAUUGAUGUCAUUGCUCACGAGCUUGCCCACAGCUGGAGUGGGAACCUGGUCACGAGCUGCAGCUGGGAGCAUUUCUGGCUGAAUGAGGGAUGGACCAUGUAUCUCGAGCGUCGUAUCCUCGCCUCCAUCCACAAGAACGAUGCUUACUUUGACUUCUCGGCCAUCAUUGGGUGGAAGCAUCUCGAGGAGGCGAUCAACGAGUAUGGCGAGGAUCACGAGUACACCAAGCUGUGCAUCAGCCACAAGGGCAUCGACCCCGAUGACGCCUUUAGCACCGUGCCAUAUGAAAAGGGCUUCCAUUUCAUUUACUACCUCGACCGCCUUGUCGGGCGGGAGAACUUUGACAACUUCGUCCCCCACUACUUCAGCAAGUGGGCGAACAAGUCCCUGGACUCUUAUGAGUUCAAGGACACCUUCCUCGAGUUCUUUGGUGCUCCUGAGUAUUCCAGUCUGAAAAGCAAGCUCUCCGAGAUUGACUGGGAAGGUCGCUUCUUCAACCCUGGGCUUCCCCCGAAGCCCGAGUUCGACACGUCGCUUGUCGAUGUGUGCUUCCAGCUGGCGGACAAGUGGAAGCAAAAGGACUUCUCGGCCAGCCCGUCGGAUAUCAGCUCUUGGACCGGCAAUCAAGUCCUCGUGUUCCUGAAUGUGGUUCAGAACUUCGAGGUGCCUCUCACGCCGGAGCAGUCCCAAAAACUGGGCAGGGCCUAUGGGCUCACUGAAACCAAGAAUGUCGAGCUCAAGUCGGCCUACUACCAGAUUGCCAUGAAGGCCAAGGACACCAGCUCGUAUGCGGGUGUCGCUGAGCUUCUCGGGGAAGUUGGCCGCAUGAAGUUUGUGCGGACGCUUUUCCGCAGCCUCAACACCGUGGACCGCGACCUUGCCGUCAAGACUUUCAAGAAGAAUCGCGAUUUCUACCACCCCAUUUGCCGCGGCCUGGUCGAGAAGGACCUCGGACUCGUUGCGCUUGAGUCGGCUUGAGAUCGGGCACAGUCUUCGAGUCUGGCAAAGGAGGAUGACUGUUGGAUGGGACGGUUAACCGGUAUAUGACGAUUGGGGAGGACACUUGCAACUUGGACAGAAUUGUGCUGUACAGUGCUUGCUUACGAUUCAAGCGAGCUGGAAUGUGGUCGGCGAAUUUGCAUGUCUUGAACUUACUGAUAGUAAAGUUGAAUGGGUAGGAUGACUUCACAAGCGAACUCUUUAAGCGGCGGUUCCAACUGCGCAGCCACCAAGAAGAGCAAUCUUUCGUUGCUAA